GGUGCUCCUAGCAGAGCUGGCAGUCGCAUCGCUAGUGUGGGAGAGGAGGGAGUGUGGGUAGAGUGAGGAGAGAAUCCAGCGAGUGUGGGAGGCAGCUUUGGUGUUGCAAGAAAGCUUCAGGAGAGGACAGUCAGACUCGGAUCUUGCAAAGGUACCGGUCGGCCCGCGCGGCUGGCCCACCGGCUCCAUGUGGCGGUGUCGCCACCGCCGCUACUACUUGACCCUCCUGGCCGUCUCCCUAGCCUGGGUCGUCCUCAUCGCCGCCAUCGUCCGGUUCGCGCACAUACGUGAAGCCCGGCUACGAACGGGGCGCGGCGCGGCGCGUCUCAAUGUGGCGAUCAGGACGCGGCAGGGCGUGCUGCCCAUCAGGAUAGCUGAGGUGGAGACCCUGAAGGCCAGCCCGCUGGAAAAAUGGAGCAACGAACAGAUGAAGCUGCUCAACAUGACGUUCCGGCCGUGGUUGUCGACCCGCUCCGACUGUUCCCGGCUCAGCACCGGGUUCGGCCGCCACCUGCCCACCGUGGCGCUGGUCAGCCUCCCCAGCAGCGGUAACACGUGGAUGAGGUUCCUCAUCGAGGGAGGGUCCGGCGUGUUCACCGGCAGCCUCUACAGCGACCUGACCAUCGUCAAAGCAGGAAUGUACGGCGAGCUGGUCCCCCACGACUCCGGCACCACGAUCGCCCAGAAGACGCACGGCUUCACCACUCUGGAGGGAGUCACAGCCAACCCCAGCGAGCAGCGGCGGCGGUUUGCGCACGUACAAGAGCUGGGGUGUCGGGCGAUCCUGCUGGUUCGGGACCCGGCGGCUGCUAUAGUUAGUCAUAGGCAUCUGGAUGCGGCGGGGCAUCUGGGCUUCGCGCCGCAGAGCCACUUCGAGGGAGAGGGCUGGGAUAAGUUUGUGGACCAGAAGGCCGAGUUCUGGUACAGUCUGUACGCCGCCUGGAUAGAUCAGUGUCCUCCCGAACAGCUGCUGGUCGUGCAGUAUGAGAAGCUGAAGAGCCAGCUGAACACAGAGCUGGAGAGGGUGCUGCGCUUCCUCGGGGUCCAGCCCGACCCAGAGAGGAUGAAAUGUAUCGAGAGGUACCCUCGCGGUAACAUGCAGCGGCGGACUCGCGCCAACAGCACAGGACCGCAGUCACCCUUGUCUGACAGACACAGACAGCGAAUCAAACGCAGCGUGCUCGCCCUUCACCGGCUGGUCAGCGAGCACCAACUCGGCGACGGCAUCGCAGACUACUUGUGACGUCAGAGUGACGUCAUAGGACUGAACGGGGCAGGUCUGGUCUUGGGAGGAGUGAUGGCUGCCCGGACUAAUGUGACGUAACUUCCCGGAUGGUGCGUUUUCCUUUGAGUCAUGCGAGAAGAGAAAGGACGGUUUUCGAUAUGCAAUUCAUUACGUGAUUAGUCUGAUCGGAACUAAGUGGCGGUUUUCAGGACAUAAGAGCACAUCAAAGUCAUGAACUGGGAGGGAAUGAAAAGGGGAAGGGGCGAGGUUUGUGAGUGAAGAUAUGGAUGGUAUCCUACAUCAGCUGUGACUUUUCACAUAUGAUAGUGGUGAGAAAAGAUGUUCUUUGUGCUACUAUCUGAGAAGAGAUUAGACAUCUCGUGUGCUUUUUCUAUCAGCUGAGAAGAGCUUUUCGGUUAGGUCGUGGUACCAAUGGUUUACUGUCUCACGAUGUUUUUACGCUUACGUGCUCAUUGGAGAAGCCUACCUAAAUAUUUAUUGGGCGAUGGUCGGUAAUGAUCAAUGAGUAAUGACAACAGGCGGCCCGUGGAUAAGGUCAUGCUCUUUCAAAUUGCGCCAUAGAAACAUGAGGCGUUUGUUUGACAGAAUUCUGCUCAAAGCGCUGGUAUGCCGAGGCCCUGAAACGUAGCAGUCAUCGUUUCUUGCAUCGUGUCUUGCAUAGUGUCUGGCAAAUUCAACAAGCAUAAUCACUGCCUUAACAUAUAAGGAUGUCAAACGCUCAUAAUAUUUAUCUCCUGUACUGAGCAUCUUGAGACGAACGGUGAGAUUGAAAGCCUAGAUAAACCCAUUACGAUAAACAUUCAGCCAGAAAUAGCGAGCAAUUUAUGUAAUGCAAGCUGUUGACUCCUGCGUUUUUCACCGAGUAGGCGCUUCAAGGUUCUUUCAGUAUUACCCCACUAAGGAACCAUACAAUCCAGUGUGCCAAAUUCUACCAGACGCGAAGGGCGAAUCCUCGGGCACUCGUGUGUCAAUAUUCGUUCCUUUUACAUUGUAACCCCUGACCGUCAUAUUUUCGCGUUAUGUUAUGUGAGCUGGUGUUUUUUCCUGAUAUCGAGGCUACUCCGUUCCACUGUGCAUGGCCGUGCUAUCUUGUUUGCAAUCCCUCUCGUGCAAUGUUUUAGCCACCGAUCUGAUGCUCCCAUCCACUGUGCGUCGCUAUCAUUGCUCCAUUGACGUCACAAAUGCGCGAGUCUAAGCUCCAUAGCCGUCCGACGGCAGUGCUGUGACGUCACCGAUAGGCCAAAUAAUCACAUCUAAGGCGAGAGAUGACAUUUAGGAAAGGAUGAACUCUUGCGAGGAAUGUUGAUAUUGCAGGGUGAUCUGCGACAUUGAGAUGGCCUGUGCAAUUGGUCGUUUUUAUAAACACCUUUUAACGUGGAUAUGGCAUGAACCUGUUUGGAAAACUGUCUCUUUCCAUCGUGAUUUGUGAUGCUAACUGACGUGCCUUACAAUGGCUGGAUGCUUGUGAUAAUACAUGUUAUUUUGUAACGAU